GAGAUGUGUUAAAUGUUUAUAAAUCUUGCAAUGAGCUUCUUGAGUAGUUUAAUACAAAAAAAGCAACAUCUUCGGCCUUGUCAAACCACAGUAACUUCUCCAGAUGGCAGAGUUCACAAAGAGAUUAUUAAAGAUGGUAAAUGUGUGCACUUGCCACAGACAGAUUCAUUAGCACCUGGCUAUGUUGUUGAUACAAAUCCUGAUCUGAAGGUUGCUCUCGUAUUACCAGGUCUUUGCUGUGGCUCCCAGGAUGUUGUACAAGAUGUUAAUCUUCUUCAUAAUUAUGGAAUAACACACAUAUUAAGUUUAGGUGUGAGAGUUGAACAGUUUGAUGGUUUUGAGUAUAAAUUUGUUGAAGCUCUGGAUCUACCUGACACAGACAUUGUAUCAUUUUUAGAGCCAAGCUUUGAGUUUUUUAAAAAAGUGAAAGACAGUAAUGGAUGUGUGUUUAUUCACUGCAAUGCUGGUAUAUCUAGAUCUGCUACUGUUGUAAUAGCUUACCUCAUUAAAGAAUGUGGUAUGACAUUUACAGAAGCAUUUGCAUACUUGAAGGAGAGAAGGGAAGCAAUUAGACCAAAUGAUGGGUUUAUCAAACAACUUAAACAGUACGAAAAUUCAUUAAAAACCACACUUUAAUAGUAUCAACAUUGAUAUAAUAUAUAAUAAUCUCCAGUGUAAAAACAAAUUUGGAAUGUGUGCAAAAAUAUAAAUAAUUAUAUAAUGUAUGUAUAUAUUAAGUACAUCAGUAUAAAUUAUCAGGUCCCCAGUGAAUUCAGUAUGAGCAAAUUCUUACAGUAUUAAAACCCCUUCAGAGUCUCCAAAUUAAAACAUUGUUAAAAAAGAAUUGAAAAGUUUAAAUAUUUUUUACAAAUAUACAUUUCAUAUACAUUUUCCAUUACGGUUUGUACAUUCUUGUUACAUUGGCUAAGCCACUAAGCUGUGGAAUGGUACACGAUGACUUCUGCACCUUAGUUCAUUCUCCAUUUAAGGUUUUUUUUUUUUUUUUUUUUUUUUUUUUUUUUUUUUUUUUUUUAAGGAAAAACAUUCAUUAACACAUUUUGUUCAUUGGCAAUGAAUGCCAUAAAUUGACAUUGUGAUGUUGUAGUACUGUGACUUUUAUGAUUACAAUAUCCUGAGUCAUCAAUAUCUUAAUGGUACAGGGUGUUAUGUAUAAGAUCUAAGCCUGCUGAUUAAAAAUACUCUCAACUUCAUGAUAGAAAUCCAUUUAGAAGUUAAAACUGCUGUGAUUCAAAUAAUUCCUUUAGGUCACAUUCAACUGAGAUUACAUUACAGUGACGAAGGUGCUGCUUGUGAUGCAUAAAUUUAUUUGGACUGAUUAGUUUUCAAGAAAACAGAGCAUCCUUGUUCUUGAAUAACAGCAACAUAUUUUAAGUAAGCAGGGUUAUUUUAUGAACUCAGCAAGAGGUCUUAUGUUACUAAUACUCUACCAACAUAUGUAAAUGCCUAAAAAUAAAUGCUAUUAAUACUGAGCAUACACCAACAAGGAAUUUCCAUUCCUUACAUAAACGUAAGAAAACAAAAUUAGAUGCUGAACAUCACAGCAAACAAAAAUGAGGAAAGGCACUGCUUGCCUGUAGCUGAAUGUUGUAUGGCAUGUCCCCCACCCCCCUAUGAAACACACACACACACACACACACACACACACACACACACACACACACACACAC